AUGGAAUUUGCUGAGACACAAACUUGUACUCAGGUAUGCACACAAGAAUGUACUCAAAAUUGUACUCAAGUUGAUGCACCUACUCAAAAAUUAAGAAAACCAAGUGUUUGGGCAACACUACGUGCUGAUGAUGGAGGGGUUAUUACUGUAUUGCAAUUAUCUAAAGACAAAUAUACAAUUGGAAGAUCAGGGGAUAAUGAUGUUGUUAUCAGUAAUAAUGCGUCUUGUAGUAGAAAACAAUGUAUUAUAAGGAGAACGAAUGAUGGUGAUAUUUUUUUUGAAGACGAAUCUUCAAAUGGAACAAUAGUAAAUGGUAAGUUAGAGCAUAACAAUUCUACAGUAGUUACAUUACCAUGUGAGUUAUGUAUUGGAUCAAAACUUAAAACAUAUAUUUUUAUUGACAAUGAAGUUGUAUCUUUUUCAGAAAAGUAUUCAAUUAUAAAAACACUUGGUCAAGGAACUACUGCUAAAGUUAUCCUAUAUAAAGAAAAAGGAUUUGAAAACGAGGAAAGUGAUGAACAUUCUGUUGCUGUUAAAGUUAUUGAUAAAAAGAAUAAAGCUAUUAGUGAAGAAGUUAUGAAACCUAUUUUAGAUGAAGUUGAAACAUUAAAAAAAUUACAACACCAAUAUGUUGUUAAAGUAAAUGGAAUGUACAGUCAUGAAACUACAAUGUAUAUUGUCAUGGAAUAUGUUUCUGGUGGGAGUUUACAACAAUUAAUUGAAAAUGAAAGAAACAAAAAACUAAAAAACUCUGAUGAAAAGGGCCAAAUAUUUGGAUUAAUUGAGUUAAAUAGAUGUAGAAAGUUAUUUGGUCAGAUAAUGAUUGCGUUGGAAUAUGUUCAUGACAAUGGAAUUAUUCAUCGAGAUAUUAAACCUGAUAAUAUUCUUCUUACAAAAGAUGGAAAUGCAAAAUUAGCUGAUUUUGGUAUUGCAAAAAAAGCAACAAUAGAAGGGUGUUCUACAUUUGUAGGUACAUUAGAUUAUUUAGCACCAGAAAUUAGUACAUCUAAUUCAUAUGAUCAGGCAUCAGAUAUAUGGAGUUGUGGAGUAAUGUUAUAUAAUAUGUUAUUUCUUUUUCCAUUUAAAAAACCAAAAAAUAUGUAUGAAUUACAACUCACUGAUGAUACUCCAUUAGAAAUAGAAUUACUCCUUCGUUGUAUCCUUCAAGAAAAUCCAAUAUCAAGACCAAAUGCAGCACAAAUAUUACACUACACUUUUUUACUUCCAGUUUUAUCUGAACUACAUUAUCAAACAAAAUCAAUUUAUAUUUCACAAAAUGCUAUGGAAGAAUGUCCUUUCACUCAAAAAGAAGAAAAAUUUAAUUCUAUUUCCCCAGGACAACAAAUACCUUCUAUUAUUUCAUAUGGUAAUGAACUUAUUUCAAAACCAUCACAUCCCAAUGAUUCAUUUGAAUAUCCUUAUUCUAAGAAAAUAAGAGAUCCUAACGAAAGAGCAAGAAGAAAAACUAAACCUUUAUCAGAAGAAGAUCAGUUUAUUCAUAAAAAAAAGAAAACAACUUCAUUUAACGUUUUUCUUGAUAACAAAAAAAAACAUGGCCUUUCUCCUAGAAGUUCAAGUUCUACUGUUGUUGAUACUGGAAUGGAUGAAAUUCAAUUUGACCGUUUUAAAACCUCUCAACAAAAUGAACUGUCAGACCCUUCUUUCAUUCAACCAUUUUCAAAAGAAGAAAUUGAAAAAACACCAGUACUUUCUAUGAAUGAACAAAUAGAAGAAAAUUCAUUUUCACUUAAAUCAUUUCAAACUACAAUAGAUAAUAUAUCAGAAAUAGGAUUAUCUAAUGACACCAGAUUAUUUCAAGGACUGUGA